AUGACUACAGAUACAGUGAUGACCACGGCAUCAGAAGAGGAGAUCUUGGAGUCGUACCCACAGAUCACAGCCCCCACCGACCAAACGGGGUUCACAUCCAACUUGACGGAGCAGCAGAUACAGGACAUUAUCCAAUUACGCAAGGAGUUGGUUGAAUUAGGAUAUACACAUAGAAUAGACGAUGCCAAUCUCUUGAGAUUCUUAAGGGCACGUAAGUUCGAUUUGGCCUUGGCCAAAGAAAUGUUUAUUGCUUGCGAGGAUUGGAGAGAAAAGUUUGGCACCAAUACCAUAUUGAAAGAUUUCGUAUAUGAAGAAAAGCCAAUAGUAGCAAAGAUGUACCCCACUUACUACCACAAAACAGAUAAGGACGGCCGCCCAGUAUACUACGAGGAGUUGGGUAAGGUUGACUUGACCAAGAUGUUGAAGGUCACAACACAAGAAAGAAUGUUAAAGAAUCUAGUAUGGGAAUACGAAUCAAUGUGUCAGUAUCGUUUGCCUGCUUGCUCGAGACAAGCAGGAUACUUGGUGGAAACUUCAUGCACCAUUUUGGACUUGAAAGGGAUCUCAAUCACCUCUGCAUAUAAUGUCAUUGGCUAUGUCAAAGAGGCGUCCAAGAUUGGACAGGACUACUACCCCGAGAGAAUGGGUAAGUUUUACUUGAUCAAUUCGCCAUUUGGUUUUGCAACUGCUUUCCGAUUAUUCAAGCCAUUCUUGGACCCUGUCACCGUGUCCAAGAUCCACAUCUUGGGGUACACCUAUAGCAAAGAGUUGUUGAAACAGAUCCCGCCACAGAACUUACCUGUAAAAUAUGGCGGAAUGGACAAUGUUAGUGACGAUGACUUGCUCUUGAAUGAUGUUGGGCCAUGGAGAGAUCCAAAGUAUAUUGGCCCAGAAGGCGAAGCUCCGAAAGCUUUCAGCUUGUAA